AUGUCGUCGUCUUCAUUCUCCCAGAUCAGGUCGCAAGCGUUAAACUUGGAAAAACAAACAGAGUCGCUCCUUUCCAAAUACUCGCAAUUCCAAACCUCCUCCUCUUCGUCGGUUGAAUCCAGCUCCGAAGAGACUCGAAUCGAGCAACAACUCCAAGAAAUCCUCGCCAAGCGAGAUACCAUCAUCGGCAAACUAAACCGGAUAUCGCAAUCUUCGGGGGAGGAGCUCACCACAUCGAAACUCCAGCAAAUCUCGCGACAUCGUGAAAUCUUGCAGGACCACAAACGGGCCUUGAACCGCAUCACGACGCAAUUGCAAGACGAACGCAACCGCAACAACUUGCUCUUUUCAGUGCAGUCCGAUAUCUCCAACGCGAAACGACGCAAUGACGCCAUGGAUGCUGAUGCCUAUAUCUUGGAGGAGAGUCAACGCGUUGAUAAUGCUAAUAACUUGGCUGAUCGGCUCUUGCAGGGGGCGUUGAAUACGAGAGAUGAGUUGGCGCACCAGCGGCAGUAUUUGCUGAAUGCCCAGAGCAAGAUCUUGUCUAGCUUGCAGAACGUUCCUGGUUUGAAUGUGUUGAUUUCCAAGAUUAACACGCGCAGGAAGCGCGAUACCUUGAUUUUGGCUUCGGUUAUUGCCAUUUGCAUUUUGCUCUUGUUCUUUGUCUAG